AACGGGUCGCAAAAAGGUGGGUCUGUAUGCCUGGUCCCAUGUAACAGCUGUCAUAAGCUCCAACGUAGGUAGCUUUACUCCGGUACGAAUUACAUACACCUUAACGACCCGCCGAGCAGCACGACCGCGUCUCCCCCGCGCCGGUUCGACAGCGAUUCCGAACCCUUUUCUAGGGAUAUAGCAUUCAAGAAUCAACAUGUCAAGGUCAGGCUACGACGCCGUCGUAGAUGUGGACGAUGAGGGCGACCUAGGGCACACCGAUCUCCAAGAGGACCUCGAGUUCCACAACUCCAACUUCUCCGAGUCGACGCCGGCGCUCGGCACCGGCGCCGGCCGCAGCAAGUCGUCCGCCUCCCCGUCCCUGCCGCUCCCCGCCACCGCCACUACCUCGCAACACGGAGGGGGCAAGCGGUUCCUGUGGACGCUGUCGUUCUACGCGCAGUUCUUCGACGUGGACACCACGUCGGUGCUGCACCGCUGCGGGGCCGCUCUCUUCCCGCGCGCCAACUUCCUCGACGUGCUCGAGGGCAACCCCGACCUGUACGGACCCUUCUGGAUCGCUACCACGGUCGUCCUGAUCCUGUUUCUCGGCGGCACCAUUAGCGCGUACCUGGCGAGUGCCGGCAAGGGCUCUUUUGCAUACGACUUUGGGCUGUUAAGCGGAGCUGCCGGGCUGAUAUACGGCUACACGUUUGUCAUUCCCGUCCUGCUGUUCCUCGCACUGCGGUACUUUGGGUCCGAGAGCGCCAACCUGCUCGAGUGCUGGGCGCUGUACGGGUACGGAAACCUGAUCUGGAUUCCCGUGGCGCUGAUCAGCUGGUCGCCCAUCACCAUCCUCAACUGGGUGUUCGUCGGCGUCGGCUUCGGCCUGUCGGUGGUGUUCCUGCUGAGGAACCUGUACCCGGUGCUCAGCGCGACGGACCGCCAGACCAGCAAGGUGCUGCUCAUCCUAGUGGUGGCCCUGCACUUUGGUUUGGCCGUCGCGAUCAAGGUGCUCUUCUUUGCGCACGGCAGCCCGGCGCUCAAGGACGGCGGGGACAAGACGGGCCCGGAGCCUGGUCGGCUGUUUUAGGCUGGGUUGAGGUAUGUCAAGGUAAGUUAGCGAGAGGGAUGCUGGGGAUCUGAGGGCUAUGCACGUGUAUGUACUAUUCAGUGUGGCUGCGUGUGUAUCAGGCAUCGGGCGUUAAGAGGCGUUUUCAAAAUGUACAAUCCUGACGGUUCAAAUGGAUCUAUCUAUCCUUCCCGCAGGUUAUGCCUCUCUCCCCCCCCCC